UUUUUUUUUUUUUUUUUCAUACAGAUGGGUGGUUCCUUCUGAGAGGCGUUGCCGCACAGCCACUGCACCAGGAUUAUAUACCCGCAGCUGCUAGCUCUGUACCAUACACUGCGUACUGUGUUACCAGCGCUGCUAGUUUCCCUGGGUGAGAUAUCUUGCGAACCAUUUAUUUCUCUUCGCCAUGGCCGACUACAUUCAUGUCCCCGACGAGGCUCCCGCUGUGCCUAAAAUAGACGUGACGGUCGACGAGAACGACUACCGACCCGGCGCCUUGCGGCUAAUGAAGGAGCUCAGACCGAGCUGGAAGCCGUCCGAAGUCAAAGUGAAGUUUUUCACGGAUGGCAUAACCAACAAGCUGCUUGGCUGCUACGUGGGCGCCGUCAUGCAAGACGUGGUUCUGGUCCGCAUUUAUGGCAACAAAACGGAGCUGUUGGUCGACCGGGAAAACGAGGUUAAAAGUUUUAGAGUGCUGCAUGCAAAUCGCUGCGCCCCGCGCCUUUACUGCACCUUCAACAAUGGCCUCUGCUAUGAAUUUCUGCAAGGGACCGCCUUGGAACCUGAGCACAUUCGCAGCCAGCCUGUUUAUAGGCUGAUUGCGAGGCAGCUGGCCAAGUACCAUGCCAUCCAUGCCCACAAUGGUUGGGUGCCGCGCUCCGACCUGUGGCUGAAGAUGGGCAAGUACUUUGCGCUCAUUUCCAAGUGCUUCAAAGAGCAUGACAGGUUAAGCCCGGAGGUUCCCAGCCCACAGUCCCUCCGGAAAGAGCUGGUGUGGCUCCAGCAGAGCUUGUCUGUGCUGGGCUCUCCUGUAGUCCUAUGCCACAAUGAUCUCCUUUGCAAAAACAUCAUCUAUAACCAGAGGGAAGGCAGUGUAAAGUUCAUUGACUACGAGUAUGCAGGGUACAAUUACCAAGCCUAUGAUAUUGGGAAUCAUUUCAAUGAGUUUGCAGGCCUGAACGAAGUAGACUAUAGUCACUACCCGGGGCGGGCCUUUCAGCUUCAGUGGCUCCGCUCCUACCUGGAGGCGUACAAGGAGCACAAGGGCCAGGACGGCGAGGUCGCCGACAGAGAGGUGGAGCUCCUCUAUGUUCAAGUCAACAAGUUUGCUUUGGCAUCUCAUUUCUUCUGGGGUCUGUGGGCUCUGAUUCAAGCCAAGUUCUCCACCAUCGACUUCGACUUCUUGGGAUAUGCAAUGCUGCGCUUCAAGCAGUACUUCAAGAUGAAACCAGAGGCAGCUGCACUGACAUUACCCGAAUAAAAGCUACCAAUCUCCUCCACUCCUCCUCCCGCCUUCUCCCUGCCCCUCAUAUGAUGACUGCAGGGCGCCCUCUAGAGGACUGGGUUAAGAAUAACUCCACUUGAAAUCCCUGUUUGCUCCCCACUGUCCUUUUCCACAGAGACUGGACGGAGUACAGUCCAGUCAUCUGCAGAUACUUCUGGAAAUCUACUCUGAGGGUUAAAGUGAAGAACAGAUUUAAAACCUGUUAUAAUGUGAAGCCCAAGUGGCUAAAUAGUUUUUUUUUUUUUAUUAUUUAGUCAUUUGUUUUGUACUGAUGUGGAGAUUGGCUCAGCAUGCUGUUCUCUUUCCUUCCAUCGGCUCUCUCAUUGUAUAAACUGUUACGGAGACAGAGUAUAGUCUCCUACAAACCAGAGGAUGAGCGGACACCUGCGUGUCUGAAAGGCGACCGAAACACUAAUUUGAUUGGCUGGUGAUUAUUUCCACAUGUAGCUAAUAACUUUGGAGAAUAUGGAGAGCCUUAACGGUUGAAAACCAUCUCAUUUUUCCAAUAAAGACGACAUGAAGGCAGCUUUGUGUCCCAAGGAAUCAAUAUGAGGAAAGCUGGUUUGAAUCUGGUGUGAUAGAAGGUCCAGCCCCUUCCUCCUGACUCUGCUUUCACCCUUCUGUUGCUCAGCACUGUCCCGUUCGUAUGUGUCCGCAUAGUCACCGCUGCGCAGCUAAACGAGGGCUGUGCUAUUUUGGGGUUCUGACAACGCAAAGGGCGAGUUGUAGUCGAGCGUCCCGUGUUUACUUCCAACGCCUCCAUUGAGUCAAAGAGUCGUCGUAUUUCACUGCGUCGCCUUUUUGACCCGAGGGUAAUUUCUCACUUUGAUGUAGGUAUCCAUGCUUACUUUGGCACUUGGCUGUUGCUCAUGUUGCUCAGCGAUGCACCUCGGAGGACUUUGAGCAUUCCGUGUUCAUAACGUCGCGCAGGAAACAAGGUUGCACCCGUAUGACGGGUCAGGAGUGUUAGUGGAUUUUCCUCACUGUUAGACCGUUUUUAGACAAGACCAAACCCUUACGCCGUCUGUGGGAAUGAUCCGUAGUAUUCCCUCUCCAUGCUGCUCAGUUCUGCUCUCUCUGUGGGCUUUAAACUGACCACUCCUCAAACAUACAUUCAUCCAGUGGGAUUCAGCUUCGCUAAAUGUCAAGCGUCUGAACCAGUGCUUGGCUUUGUUUUUAUAUUAUGUCUGAACGGGGACGAGCAUGGAGAUCAUCUUUGUUUGAAAUAGGCAUGGGUCAGAGUGAGACUACCACGAUAAUGUCUUCAAAAAAAAAAAAACACAGUCUAAUUGGUUUUAUGAUACAGAAAACUCCUACUGCUGUUUAAAAUGUGUAACAUUGCUUAUGACGGUAUGUUUUACAUCAUUUCAUAUUUUGAAUUUUGACAUCUAGACUAACUUGACAGAAACGUAGAAUCAACGCGGGGCCAAGAUUUGGUUGUAAUUUUCAAGUAAACAUGCUUACUGCACGGAAUAUUGCAGCUUUUAGCCGCCCUGUGAGGCAGACUCAGUCUGACUGCCUAGCCUGGGAGCUAGCCUAAAGUUUGCUGCUAGACAGAUGUCCUGCUUGUAGUUUGCCAACUGUUCUGCAGAUUUAAAGCGCUGUGAGAUUGAUGAAGUGUGACGCACCUCAAGCUUCCACACUCCAGACGGUUUAGGUCCAUAUUUUUGCAACCAGAAACAGAAUUGAAGAACCGAGUUUGUUCUUGUUUCCAAGGGGGAAAUUUAGCCAUUCUAACUUAAACCAGCUGACCAGUAGUUUGCAGCAACAAGUGGGGAAGGGGCAGGCAGCGAAAACUACUUUUUUGUUUGUUUUAUUUCCCAGGCAUUUAAUUCAAAGGACCAUAGCCAGUUUUUUGUUUUGUUUGCUUGAUGUCAGUUAUCGGCCCAUGCCUAGUUUAAAAUUAGACUUAGUCGGACGAUUAGUUUGUCAGCAAGAAAAAGGCUUCUUACCGUCAAUGAAAGCCUCUCAGUAUCGAAAACAGAUUAAUUUCUUCGGUAUCGGCUUGUUUGAAAACUAAGUGCUGCCAUCUCGCUCGUAUAUUGUGCACAUUUCGGUUUUGACGGGAAGUUAGUGAUGUGUUUAUGUACACAUAUUAAAAUGGAAAUCCUGUUCCGCAGACACAGUCCAAAUGAACUUGGAAUGUAAUGUUCCCGUUUCCGCCCCUACCCUGCUAAGGAGGAGGUAUUUAGGGGUUAGUUUCCCUGCAUAGCCCCUGACAGCACAUCAUGUUACACUUCUGAUGAGCAACGCUGAAAGCUUAACGCCCACUCACUUGUCUUUUAAACUUCCCGUCUUUAUUGAUGACGUAGAAGCUGAAGGAUAAAUGGGUGGUUUGAAUUGAGCCCGAUGUAGCUUAGAAGUGUGAAAACUAGAAUUCUGUUGGAGAGUGGUUUAGCGCGUUCAAGGGAUCUGUGGGAGGUAGAUCUUUCUUGGGUGUAUGGGUAAUAUACACUGACACCACAUUUACUUUCUACUCAGAUUUAUUUAUACUCGUAAAUUUUCUCAGAUUUUGAUUUUACAUUUGACAAAUUCUUAAAAAGACUAAUAACUCUUAGAUUAGUAGGCUUUUUCAUAUAUCUGUUAUUUUCUGUUCAGUUAAAUUAAACCGUAACUCCAUUUGUUUGAACUUUAGAUAGUUCUAAACUAUGUGCCCUUAAAUCUCUCUGGCCACUGUAACAUUUUGUUAUAUGUACAGUAAUACUUACUAUCUUAUGUGAAUAAAAAUGUACAUAGCAGAAUUUUUAUGUUUUUUUUUUUUGUUUUUUUUGUUUUUCUUUUCUUUUUUUUUUAAGAUUGCAUUAAAGUGAACGAUUGCCUGGUGUAAGACAUCUUGGAUGAAAUGAAGUAAAUAUGCUUUUGAAAAUAAAGUCUAUUUACAAAUCA